GGGCGGGGAGAUAGCGGGCGGGCGGAGCCUCGGCGGGUCACAGGGUGAUCAGUGUCAGAUCGUUUCCCGCCGGGUCACAAGAUGGUGGACGAGUUAGAGGAGCUGGAAGAUCUGGUGCAUGUCACUGUGGGCGACCUCCCCAACCGGGGCUACGGGGUGAUGGAGGAGAUCCGGCGGCAGGGGAAGCUGUGUGACGUCACGCUGAAGGUCGGGGAACAUAAAUUCAGUGCGCACCGGAUCGUGCUGGCCGCCUCCAUCCCCUACUUCCACGCCAUGUUCACCAACGACAUGAUGGAGUGUAAGCAGGACGAGAUCGUCAUGCAGGGAAUGGACCCCUGCGCCCUGGAGGCUUUGAUUAACUUUGCCUAUAAUGGGCACCUGGCCAUCGACCAGCAGAACGUGCAGUCCCUCCUGAUGGGCGCCAGUUUCCUGCAACUGCAGAACAUCAAGGACGCCUGCUGCUCUUUCCUGAAGGAACGGUUACACCCCAAGAACUGCCUGGGGGUGCGACAGUUUGCGGAGACGAUGAUGUGCGCCGUGCUGUACGACUCCGCUAACCGCUUCAUCCAUGAGCACUUUGUGGAGGUCUCCAUGUCGGAGGAAUUCCUGGCGUUGGCCUUCGAUGAGGUCCUGGAGCUGGUCUCCAGAGAUGAGCUAAACGUGAAGGCCGAGGAGCAGGUGUUUGAGGCGGCCUUGGCCUGGGUGCGCUAUGACCGGGAGCAGCGGGAGCUCUUCCUUCCGGAGCUGCUGACUAAGAUCCGGCUGCCCCUGUGCCGUCCGCAGUUCCUGACGGAUCGGGUGCAGCAGGAUGACUUGGUGCGCUGCUGCCAUAAGUGCCGGGACCUGGUGGACGAAGCGAAGGAUUACCACCUGAUGCCAGAACGUAGGCCACACCUCCUGGCCUUCAAGACCCGCCCCCGCUGCUGCACCUCCAUAGCCGGCCUCAUCUACGCGGUGGGAGGACUGAACUCUGCAGCGAAUUUCUACGCAGGUGACUCUCUGAAUGUGGUUGAAGUCUUCGACCCAAUCGCCAACCGCUGGGAGAAGUGUCAGCCAAUGACGACGGCUCGCAGCAGGGUGGGAGUCGCCGUGGUUAAUGGACUCCUGUAUGCCAUUGGUGGCUAUGACGGCCAAUCGCGUCUGAGCACUGUGGAAGUCUACAACCCCGACACAGACUCAUGGACCAAAGUAGGAAGUAUGAACAGCAAGAGAAGUGCGAUGGGAACAGUGGUGCUUGAUGGACAGAUCUACGUCUGCGGGGGCUACGAUGGCAACUGCUCGCUGAACUCGGUGGAGACGUAUUCUCCGGAAACAGACAAGUGGACGGUGGUGACCCCCAUGAGUUCUAAUCGCAGUGCAGCCGGUGUGACUGUGUUCGAAGGCCGGAUUUAUGUGUCGGGUGGACACGAUGGGUUACAGAUCUUCAACACUAUGGAGUAUUACAAUCACCACACGGCUACAUGGCAUCCUGUGGCAAGUAUGCUGAACAAACGCUGCCGUCAUGGAGCGGCUUCUCUGGGCAGCAAGAUGUUCAUCUGCGGCGGUUACGAUGGUUCUGCCUUCCUGAGCGUGGCAGAGGUUUACAACUCCAUGGCAGACCAAUGGUACCUCAUCACUCCAAUGAACACUCGGCGCAGUCGCGUCUCUCUUGUAGCCAACUGCGGGCGUCUUUAUGCAGUUGGCGGCUAUGACGGCCAGUCUAACUUGAACUCUGUUGAAAUGUACGACCCGGAGACCAACCGCUGGACGUUCAUGGCCCCCAUGGUUUGCCACGAAGGGGGCGUGGGAGUGGGCUGUAUACCGCUCCUCACCAUAUAGCAGUACGCGGGCCACCUCAAGAACAUAUUCUUCUAUGGGAUACAGGCUCUGCGUCUGAUCUUUUUUUAAUUAAUGUGAACGCCAGGACCUUGAGAUGUGAGGUGCGCCCGGUGCUCGUGUCUCCUCCAGUGUGUGAUAUAUGCCUGUGUUGUCUACGUAAUCAGAAUGUAUGUAUCAACUAUAAUCUCCGCCACAAGAGGGACCGCCAUGGGGCCAACCACAACCCCAAACCUCCUCCAAGUAUUGGAUCUCAUAAGAUGUGUAAACGUGUUCUAGCUUCUGCACCAAAGUGAUCCGUGUGUUGUGCACCGCGCUGUGCGCUGUAGUCUGACUGUCCGGGAGCUCGCAAUUCAGUUACAAUCUGUCACUUUCUUAAUUCUCUUUCCAUACAGGUCGACCAAUUAUUGUAAAGACUAUAGUGCCAUAGAGUUACCUGGACUUCCCUUUGGUCUACAUUCCUCUUUUGCCGCCAUCUUUUUUGUGGGUCGGUGCUGCCUAUUAUGACCAGUCUGGUCUGGAGAUGACUGAUCUGGUUACAGUACAGAUAGAAGUAAGGAUAUGUAAGCUUUAAGCAACUCUUUGCUCGCUCCCUGAGUCAUUUAAUGCAGUCACAGCCCAGGCUCCAGUUAUAUCUUGUCAGUACUGACGGUGCCACUAAUAGCUUUAUGACAUACACAUUUCACAAUGCACUAUAAUGACGCAUGAUCUGGCAGGACAUUGAAUAGAAGGCAAUAGAGAGUAACAGAAAGGAAGUACCAUGCAGAGUGGACUGGUGCAAUGAUUAGAAUACUGUAACACAGUGUACUCUGCAGAAGGCUUUAUACCAAUAGGAGGCAGUAGAGAGCCUGAGAGUUAUCAGGAAUACAGAAUCAUCCACACUGGACUUGUGCAUUGAUCAGAAUAGAAUCUAUUUAGAUAAUUUGUUGGUGAUCUGCAGCCAUUAGAUCCAGUAGACAAUCUAUAGCCAACCCUUUUAGCUGAUACGACCUCUAAUGGCUUUAUAAUGUACACAUUUCCCAUGUUGCACUGUGAUGAAGCUCUGGGCAGACAUUGUACCAAUAGGAGGCAUUAGAGAGUAACAGAAAGGAAGUACCUUGCAGGCUGGACUUGUGCAAUGAUCAGAAUACACUGUAAACUUUAAACCAACAGGAGGCAGUAGAGAGGCUGAGUGUUAAUAAUAAGGUAGCGCCAUGCAGAAUGAACUUGUGCAAAAGGCAUAAUACAUUGUAACAAAGUGUGCUUGGUGGAAGGCUUUAUACCAAUAGGAGGCAGUAGAGAGCCUGAGAGUUUACAGGGAGGCAGCACUAUGCAGACUGGACUUGUGCAAUGAUCAAAAAAGAAUUUAUAUAGAGAAUUUGCUGGUGAUCUGCAGCCCCCCAGACCCUGUAGACCAGUCUUCUCCAAACUGUGGCCCUCCAGAGGUUGCAAAACUACAACUCCCAGCAUGCCCGUUGGCUGUCCGGGCAUGCUGGGAGUUGUAGUUUUACAGCAUCUGGAGAGCCGUGGUUUGGAGACCACUGCUGUAGACAAUCUAUAGCUGACCCUUUUGGAUUUUUAAAGGGGUACUCCACUGGAAAAUAUUUUCUUUUAAAUGACUUCUAUUACAAAAAAUCUUAACCCUUCCAGUACUUAUCAGCUGCCGUAUGCUCCACAGGAAGUUCUUUUCUUUUUAGAAUUUCCUUUGUGCCUGACGACAGUGCCUGACAUUUUAGGAACUGUCCAGAGCAGGAUAGGUUUUCUAUAGGGAUUUGCUUCUACUCUGGACAGUUCCUAAAAUGGACAGAGGUACUGUGGUCAGGCAGAAGGGAAAUUCAAAAAAAGAAAAGAACUUCCUGUGGCUCAUAACAUUGGCUGAUAAGUACUGGAAAAAAAAAAAAAAAUAAUGUUUUCCAGUGGAGUACCCCUUUAAGGACCAUUCACAAUAAGGAGGGUUAUACACUUUCCUCCAGGGACCAAGAGGCUGCAAUAAAUCUUCUGGGACCGCAGGGGCUACACAAUCGUCUCUAAAGUUUGUUGCAGUUCAUUUUUUCUGCCAUAAUUUCACCACCAGGGGGCGAUGUACAUGAACAGGUAUAAAGGAGUCAGUGCAUCCGGGGUUCACGUAAGAUGUUCAGUGCACCCCUUUUACUCUUGGCACCUUUAAAGGGGUACUCCACUCGCCCAGCAUCCGGAACAUUUUGUUCCAAACGCUGGGUGCGGGCUGCGGGGGUCGUGACGUCACAGCCACACCCCUUGUGAUGUUACACCCCCUCAAUGCAAGUCUAUGGGAGCGGGCGAGGCCGCUGCCAUGCCCCCUCCCAUAAACUUGCAUUGUGGGGGUGUGGUCGUGACAUCACGAACCCCGCAGCCUGCAC